GGCGGGGCCGGGGCUCUCCCGCCACAGCUUCCCUUGUGGGCCGUCCCUCAUUCAGCCCGGGAGCCUUCCACCUCCGGCGCCCCAUCCCGGCAGCAUCCGCCACUGACGCCAGUUCCCAGCCCGGUUCUGCCCCGGCCCCGGCCCCACGACAUGAGCUGCUUCGAGGAGGAGGGCAGCUGGAGCCUGUCUUUCAGCGGCUCGGGCUUCCUGGGCCUCUACCAUGUGGGCGUGAUCCACUGCCUGCGGGAGCGCGCCCCGCGCAUCCUCCGGGGUGCCCGCCGCGCCUACGGCUCCUCGUCCGGGGCCCUCGCCGCCCUCUGCCUCGUCAUGGACAUGCCAACCGAACGGUGCUGCUUCUACCUCCUGUCCCUGGCCAAGCAGGCCGAGCGGCUGAGCCUGGGCACCUUCCACCCCGCCUUCGCGCCCAUCGAGCACAUCAAGCAGGAGCUGCAGUGCUUUCUGCCCGACAACAUUCACGUCCUGGCCUCCCAGCGGCUGGGCGUCUCGCUGACCCGCUGGCCUGACGGCCGCAACGUCAUUGUCACGGACUUCGCCAGCCGCGACGAGGUCAUCCAGGCCUUGGUCUGCACCCUGUACUUCCCUUUCUACUGCGGGGUGAUCCCCCCCGAGUUCAGAGGGGAGCGCUACAUCGACGGGGCCCUGAGCAACAACGUGCCGUUCGCGGAGAGCGCCUCCACCAUCACCGUGUCGCCCUUCACGGGCACCGUGGACAUCUGCCCCGAGAGCGCCUCGGCCAGCAUGUUCGAGCUGAACGCCUUCAAUGCCAGCUUCCAGAUCUCCACCUCGAACUUCCUCCUGGGCUUCGCGUGCCUCCUGAACCCCAACCCGGAGGUAGUGUCCCACUACUGCAGGCAAGGCUACCUGGACACCCUGAGGUUCCUGGAGAGACGCGGACUCACCAAGGAACCGGUGCUGUGGACGUUGGCGUGUAAGGAGCCUCCAGCCCCCGCUGAGGGGACCCGGGACACCGGUCACGACGGAGGCCAGAAGGCGGGCCUGUCGCUCAACUGGACGGUGCCCGGCGUGCUGGUCAAGGACGUGCCCGACUUCGAGCGGCUCUCGCCAGAGCUGGAGGCUGCACUGAGGAAAACCUGUAUGAGGGACCCCAGGCCCUGGGCCCGCUUCCGCCGGUCGAGGCCCGGGAGGGUGUUGACAUACCUGCUGCUGCCCUGCACGCUGCCCUUCGAGUACGCCUACUUCCGGAGCAGAAGGUUGGUGGUGUGGCUGCCUGACAUGCUGGCUGACUUGCGGUGGGUGCAGGGCUUGCUGAGGAGCGCGGCCGUCGGGGUCUACUCCAGGACAAAGGACCAGCUCCUCGGGCUGGUCAGCCCGCCGGCCACCAGCCUGCAGCCGGAGGCAGCCCCUCCCACGGACCCAGCCAAGGAGCCCAGACCUGCCCUGCACUUCAGGCCCGAGGGGCACCCCGCUGGGCCAGCUCGGUGA